UCUCUCUCUCUCUCUCUCUCUCUCUCUCUCUCUCUCUGUAGUCUCAGUCUCAUACAUAUACAUAUACAACAUCACAAGCAUACACAUGGACAUGGGAUGGGACCAUAGUCCUCAGCUCAAAUUUUGAGCUUUUUCGUGCACGACAGGAUCCGACUCUGCCGCUUCUACCACUCUCCCUUCUCUCUCUCCACCCUUAUUUCCAAUUCAUCACACCCUCUUUCUCUCUCAACUCCCAUUCAUGGAAAUGGAAGAUCACCAUCACCACCACCGCCAUCACCAUCAUCAGCAUCACCAUCACCAUCACCACCAGCAGCAUCAACAUCAACAUCAGCACCACUUUGGCGUCAACGAUCUCAGGCAAGUCGUCAAUGGGCCGAGGACUUCCCACAACGCCUUCCUCUCCAUGCCACCCCACCCAACGGCGGAGCUUUUCCCGGGCCACCGGAAUCUCACACCCUUGCCCACUCCCCAGCAGCAGCAACAACACUACGAGGUUAUGAUGUUCGGUCGUGACAUAAUGCCACCUAGCCUUCACGACUUCACUUCCACACCCCACGAUUCUGCUGCUGCUGCUGCUGCUGCAGCAGCAGCCACCAUGACUCUACCCACUCCACCCACCUUUGAUGCCGAGGGUGCAGGUUGCAUCGGUGGGGACCCCUCCACUGGAAGAUGGCCCAGACAAGAGACCCUCACUCUCCUUGAGAUCAGAUCUCGCUUGGACCCUAAAUUCAAAGAGGCUAACCACAAAGGACCCUUAUGGGAUGAAGUCUCUAGGAUCAUGUCUGAAGAACAUGGAUAUCAAAGGAGUGGGAAAAAGUGCAGGGAGAAGUUUGAGAAUUUGUACAAGUAUUACAAGAAGACAAAGGAUGGUAAGGCGGGGAGACAUGAUGGGAAGCAUUACAGAUUCUUUCGUCAACUUGAAGCCUUGUAUGGAGAAAACAGUAGCACAGUUUCAGUCCCAGAAACCAAUGUUGUUGGCAGCAUUCAUUUUCAAGCAAGCAGCCAUGACCCCUCCCAGACAAAUCAAGAUAAGUUUCAGUCUCACAAUAGCAAGCAUUGUGAUAGCCUCAGCCUCACCAACUCCACUAACUUUGAUACAACAUCAUCUGAUGAUGACAAUGACCACCACAGUAUGGAGAAUGAGUCCAUAGAGAAGAGGAGAAAGAGGAACAGUGGGAGGAGUUGGAAGGUGAAGAUAAAAGACUUCAUUGACUCACAGAUGAGGAAGCUUGUGGAGAAGCAGAAGGAGUGGUUGGAUAAACUUGUGAAGACACUGGAAGAGAAGGAGAAGGAGAGGAUGUUAAGAGAGGAAGAGUGGAGAAAACAAGAGGCAAACAGGUUAGAGAGGGAGCAAAAGUUUUGGGCCAAAGAGAGAGCGUGGAUUGAAGCCAGGGAUGCUGCUCUAAUGGAGGCUUUACAAAAGCUAACUGGAAGAGAAAUAAUGAAGCCUGAAACUCCCAAUGAUGGUAUCAAUGUAACGGCUGCUGAAGUUCAAAACCACAGUGAAAACCAGAAUAAUGAAGAUGAGAGUGAAAUCUUAAACAGCUGCAAUGUUAUCAGAGGUGGUGAUAGGUGGCCAGAAUCUGAAAUUACAAGGCUUCAACAGCUGAGAGCUGAGAUAGAGACAAGGUUUCCAUGCAGCGAAAUUUCUGAAGAGGUUUCAUGGGAGGUAGUAGCAACCAAAAUGGCUUGUUUUGGCUACGAAAGGAGUGCUUUGAUGUGCAAAGAGAAAUGGGAAAGUAUCAGUAACUAUCCAAGGGAGGGUGAAAAGGAAGGGAGCAAGAAGUGCAAGGAAAACACUAGAAACAGCUUUUUCUUCAAGAACAAUGAUGAUCAUCGACAAUCUUCCUUAUACGACCAAGGAAGUGCCUACUGUGAUGAUAUCAGUGAUCAAGGAAAAGAGAUUGAGAGGCUACAAACAAAUAAUAGUUCUUCACCUUCAAAAUGCAAUGCUGGAAACGUUGAUCCCUCUGAUAGCUGCUUCCCCUUCUUGAUGAGCAGUGAGGGUGGAAACUUGUGGGAGAAUUACGGCCUAAAGCUCAACAAAGAAAACCAAAACCACUGAGUGAAAUAUAUGGCUAGUGUCAUGACUCGUGUAAGAAGCACAGAAAUUUGAGAGCCUAGUAUCUGUGACAGUCUCACGUGCGUCGUGUAAGCAAGAGUUAACUGAGGGUUUAUGUAUAGAGAUUGAUGAUGAUUAGAUGGUCAAUCUUAAUAUAUAUAUAUAUAUAUAUAUAUAAAUGGGGCAUUUGGGAGAAAAAUAAUGGCUUCAAUUUAUAUUUUAGUGAGGGAGGUGAAGUGAGAAAGUUCACUUGCGUGUUAGAAUAUGACACCAUUUUCAGGUUAGUUUCUUUUUCUUUGAUGCAUGCAAAUGGAAAAAAAAUUGUAUUACCUGGUAUGUUGCACCUUCGACGAUAUUUGCAUAUCAGUGUUGGUUACUGUUUUCCUCCUUCUUCCCUCGUGUAUGUGUGUACUGAAGGUGACUAACUGAGGUAGUAACUUCUUUCCUUUGUUUUUCAGUUACUAUGUGUACGAAUAAGGAGAUUAAUGUGCU